AUGGUUCGAGAUCAUACCGAACGCGCCAAAAGACGGGCAGGGAAUAAAGCAAUUGCUUUGACCGAACACCUUCUUGAGCCCACAAAUGAUGCCAAGGAUCCAAGCCCAAAAGCAUCCAUGGUGCGGGAGCUCAUCGUGCAUAACGACAAGCCCCGAUCUGGGCAAGGCAUAUUCACCGAACAGGACUAUGUCAAUGAAACUCGAGAUGUUUUUUCAGCGAUCGCUCGUCUGUUCGAAAAAACAACUUCUCUGUGGGUACUGCGCUGGCAUUCGUAUGAUACCCCAACAAGAGAGACUAUUGAUACCCUGGCGAAAAAAUGUCCAAAUUUGAAAGAGACUCACAUCUCGAGGCCUAUAAAGUGUUUCCCCUGGUUUCAAACUGUCAGUGUUCCAUCGCCCCCAGAAUUAUUUGCACCUAUUCUUCACACCUUGAAAUCUUUCCGAUGCAGUCUUCCCGAGGGAAGUAUUGAUAUUCUGCACCAUAUUCUUGAAAACUGUAAGACCCUCGAGGCCCUUGGGAUAGCCUUUGAACCCACAGAUUCCUUAAGUAUCAUCACUCCUCGGGGGAAGCCCUGGAACUUGAGAUUGAAAUCAUUGGAACUAGUCACAGUGGGAUUCUUGACUGGCAGCGCUGGCGCUGCCACUCGGUUUUGCAGUUCCUUUGACCUCAGCGGGCUGGAAAGGCUCCGGUUCGAUAGGUGCAAUGAUAUACCCACUCUUCUGGAGGCGCUCUCCGCUUCUGCUGGUAUUGAAAACCUGAAGCACCUUUCAAUUUGGACGCUUGCUGGACAAACCGAUAUGCCCCAGAUUAUGUCCUUUAUCAGCCAACUUGGCCAAUCCCAUCCCACAGGAGGAUUGGAGUCAUUGGAGCUUGCAGACCUCGGUGCUAAAAUAGACCUCAAAGCAAUCGGAAAAAAUAAGAGGUUGACGGUGCUCAGGGUGGCCGAGUGGGAUGCAUUCAUUGGCCCUCUCACACCCAGCCAUAUUGGAGGAGAUCAAAUCGUUGGGCCGACAAGAGGGCGAUUGUUAAACGCAAAAGAUAUUGAAAAUCUAGGGAGAAAUUGCAAGGAUAUAUCAGAAUUAUGGGUGGAUGUCGCUCGCGGAGCAAAGCUGGAUGAGUUAAUUAUCAGUUCUUUUGGCUCUUUACCUGUAUUAAAAAAGCUUGGGUUGUGUUCCCAACCACCAUGGAAGCCCCUGGAAUCGUUGGGCAUCCGAGAACAAAGACCUGUGGGAGCUGAGGAAGAAAUUAUGAGGUUGGAUCAACAAGCAAUUCUCGGGAUUGCACAACUUGUCCAUCUGCAUGGCGCAACCAAUCUAAGAGAGAUUGAAGUCCAGUAUGGAUGUCGCAGCAAACCGGCGGAACCACAGCAGCGCCCGUGUUCAACUCUGGAUGGUGGAGGCAGGGCGGUGUGGCGGAUCCGAAGGGGGGAGGACGGCCUUCAGGUGGACUUGCUCAGAGCGGACCGGCUAGUGAAUAGAUACGGUGUACCAAUAGCCUAUAUUUUUGAAGGAUGGAGUUAGGCGUUGGUAGCGGCUCGCAAGGUGGUGUCUUAUGUCAUGGGUUGGUUGUUUUCUUUCUUUCUGCUCCAAGUUUCAGGAUAUCCUUCCCCUACCAAUAGCCCUUACUUUAUUCCUAAGAAAUCCUGCAUUUUCUCUGCAUCCCCCCUUCCUCCGUGAACAUGUCACCUGAUCAUCCUUUGUCAGGUGUUUCGCGCGGCUCAGUAUUCUGUAGCACCAAAAAACAGCUUUUCUGUUAUCAUACCUCAAGUCUCCCAAAUCGGGUCAAUCAUGAAACUUGUGACUGAGAUGAGUUAUCAGGGCGAGAGUGAAUCUGCAUGCUCCUUCUGAGGGAACAGUUCUUGGGCUUUAUACCCCUCUCUAAAUUUAUGCUUUCUCACAAGCUUAAGGUCCUACAAAACCGUGCCGCACUUGCCACUCAACGGGUAUGCACCCGGACGCAGCCGGCGCCUGGGAGACACUCUAUUAUGUUAUUUAGCUCGCUUAUCGAGCCUUGGAUGAAAUGUGCAAUGAACAUUAGAACGAGUGCCGAUCGCCCCCCUCCCAAAAAAAAAAAAAAAA